AUAAAAAAAAAUAUAAGUGUGGAACAUGUCGAAAACGAAGAAGAAUUCACAUAGCAGCGAGGAAUUUAGUACAUCGUAUUCUUCUUCUUCUGUAUCAUCUGACGAGGAGAUAGAUGCAAGAGAUUUAAAACCUAUGAAAGAUUAUCUUUCGAAUCGUAGGGAAUUAGCACGUCAACUUUUUAAAUCUGUUAAGCCUGAAAAAAUACGUAUGAUGCUACCACAAGCAUUAAAGAAAAUGGAUUUUGAAGAGUUAGAAGAAUGGUGUGCUAGCGAAUUAAGCGGGAUGUCCAAAACUCGAGUAUUAUGUAUUUUGGAUGGGAAACCUAUGUUAGAAUCGUCUGAUACUAGUGAAUCGGAUGAAUCAGGUCCUUCUUUAGAAAUUAUAUCUGAUACUGAGGAAUGGCUUACCGAGGAUGAUAAUAUUAAAAAAGAAGAUGGUAUGUCUGGAAAAAUAAAAGUAAAGAAACAUAAGAAUACAAGUAAGGUAAAGUCACAGAGUAAUAACAAAAAGGAGGAUGUAGGAAAUUAUAAGUUAAAAGCUAAGAAUACUAAUAAAGAUGGAAGCAAUAAUAAGUAUAAAGAUAUCAAAGUUAAAAAGGAGGAAGAGAAAGAAACUGGUAAAGAAAAAGAAGCGGAUAGUUUGUUAGAUUUGUUAGAAUUAGAAAUGCGUGCUAGGGCUAUAAGAGCUUUGAUACGUAAAGAAGAUGAUAUAAUACCAAAUUCGAGUGAAUCCAAAACAUUGGCAAAUAAUGGUGCAGUUGAAGAAAAUCAUGUUAAUAAAUCUAGACAAGAUGAAAUAAGUGCAAAAGAGAAUUGUCGACGACAAUUAGAAAAAAUUAUAAGUUCUCAAAGAAUGGAUGGAGAUGAAGAAGAUGUAGUGUUGGUAGUUCAACCUACCCCGACAAUUGAGUUAUUAUCUAGUGAAAGUGAAAAUGAUGAAAUUGGAACAAGGGUAAAUCAAAAAUUAGAAAAUGAACGUAAAAUAGAAAGUACAACGAAUCUGAAUAAUAAAAAUAAUGUUACCAGUUCUACAGAACAAGGAGUUAGAGAAUCAAGAAUAGUAGAGGGAAGAGAUAAUGAUAAAAAAAUUAAUAAUACCAAUGAAGAAAUAUCUCAUCUUCAUACUUCACAUAAUAAAAGUAAUUCUUCAUUGUCAUCUACAAAUAUUGCAGAUAAUACCAUAAAACGUAAAAAAGUGAAAAAGAAAUCACAUUCAAAAUGUGAAGUGAGAUCUGAAAGUUCUUUAAAUACAAAUAGUAAAUCUAAUGAAUGUUCAGGAAAGAAAGAAGAGAAACUUUGUGUGCUUGAAGAAAAAGAGAAAAUAACAGAAAAUAUAUUGAAAGAAGAAGAACCUGCCCCUUCUGUGUCAUAUUCAAAACAAAAAGUUAUUUCUGAUGAGGAUAAAUUGGCUGAUUUUGAGGAAAUAAUCGAUUUAGAUAAUUACUCUGACGAUAUGGAUGACUUGGAAAAUUGUGAUAAUGAUAAAAAUAAAUAUAAAGAUAAAGAAAAAAUUAAAAAUAAAGAUAAUAGUACUAUAAAGGAACAAAAGAGUUCACAGGUGGUAGACAAUAAUUCAUCCAAUUCACAGAAAUUAAAAUCAGCUGAAACUUGGGCAACUCGUUAUUAUCAAACAGACGAUGUUCAAAACGUUAUAAAAGAAUCAAAAAUACAAUCUGAAAUCCGCAAACGUUUAAGAGAACGUCAGAGACUUUCUAAACUUACUAAUUCACCAAAUUUAAAUUCUUCACCAUCUCGUGUACCAGAAAUUAAUAAUGAUAAGGUAGAAACGAAACCUACUGGUUCCGUAGAAGAGUAUUUAGCUUUGAAACAAGCAACCCAAUCAAAUUUGAAUACAGGUAGCGACAUUAGUGAUAAUUCUGUUAGUACACAAGAAAAAGAUAAAUGCAUGAAUACAUGCAGUGAAAAAAACGUAGUUGCGAAAGAUGAAAAAUUAAUUGCUUCUGUAAAUGAAGAAGAUGUACAAAAAUCAAUUGUAACUACUGUAAAUAAUAAUAUAUAAAUUUUUUAAUUA